CCCGCCUGACCCUGCCCGUGUCUCCCUCCCAGCUGGGUCCCGUGUACACAGAAGGCGGGUUCGUGGAAGGCGUCAACAAGAAGCUCGGCCUCCUGGGCGACUCUGUGGACAUCUUCAAGGGCAUCCCCUUCGCGGCUCCCACCAAGGCUCUGGAAAACCCCCAGCCACACCCCGGCUGGCAAGGGACCCUGAAGGCCAAGGAUUUCAAGAAGAGAUGCCUGCAGGCCACCAUUACCCAGGAUGACUCCUACGGGGAUGAAGACUGCCUGUACCUCAACAUCUGGGUGCCCCAGGGCCGGAAGCAAGUCUCCCGGGACCUGCCUGUGAUGGUCUGGAUCUAUGGAGGCGCCUUCCUCAUGGGGGCCGGCCACGGGGCCAACUUUCUCAAGACCUACCUGUAUGACGGCGAGGAGAUCGCCGCUCGCGGCAGCGUCAUCGUGGUCACCUUCAACUACCGCGUCGGCCCCCUUGGCUUCCUCAGCACUGGGGACGCCAACCUGCCAGGUGCGUGGGCCCCUUUGGCACAGAGGUGGGCUGGCCAGCGGCUGAGCCCAGCAGGGGGAGGCUCCUCAUCGCCUGUCAUCCCAGAAAACCAGUGGCGGUCCCACGGAAAACCCAGAAGCUGGAGUAGAAUCACAAGAUACAGGAGGCCCUUGGCAGCAGCAGCAAAAUAAUAGAUGGUGCGGAGGCCAGGCAAGGUGGUUCGUGCCCCUAAUCCCAACACGUUAGGAGGCCAAGGCAGGUGGAUCACUUGAACCCAAAAGUUCAAGACCAGCCUGGGAAACACUG